GUGAACCUGGCAACCUCGUCCCCUUGUCAUUCUGUCAUUGGGGCAGAACUCACUCAAGUUAGUCCAGAAAAGGAAACCUUUCCCCGCACGGACCAAAUAACUCAUUCGUAGCGACGCUUUUUUAAAUUCACAAUGGGCUCAGGGGAAAGUGCGACCAGAAAAGUGUCUUUUGGUGUCGACGACGAGGAGAGAGUGAGGAUCCUGCGCGGAGUCAAGCUUUCAGAAGAUGUCCUGCAGAGGAUGAAGGGUGUGGCUAACAUGCCUCCACCACGUGCUCCACCAUCCACAAGCUCCCAAAAAGACACAGGGACCUCUUUCAAGGCCAGCUCCAGCACCAGACCCCAACAGAACCCACAGCAGAGGGCCCAGUCAAGCACCCCGCCAAAAACUAGCAAAACAACCACUAAAGUCAAGGAGGAACAGAGGAAGUAUGAACGCCAGAAGAGCAUAUUAAAGGAGACGGAGACAGGGAAGGAGGAGAUUAUUAAAGCAAUGACCAGAGAGAGACAGCAAACACGUCAGGACGCUGAGAAGACCAAACAGUUGGUUCAGGAGCUGCAGAAGAAAGAGUUACAGCUGAAAGCACUGGAUGCUUUCUACAAGGAGCAGGUGGCGCUACUUGAGAAGAAGAACAUGGAAAUGUAUGAACAGAGUAAGGAGCAAUUCCACCAAGCUGCCUCCAAGACAGAAUCACACGUGAGGUCUCGCAGCACCGACCCUGUGUGUUUGGGCCUGCAAGCUCAGAUAUUUACUUGUUACAAGGAGAACGGGCAGCAGACUUUAAGAUGUUCAGACCUGGCCAAAGAAUACAUGCGGUGUAUCAAUGCUGCAAAGAGGUGCUGCACGGAUGUUUCUGGAUUCUAAGUCAUGGGGAAGAAAAAAGAAUUGUCCAAGGAUCUGCGAGAAAAGAACAACCUGGUCAACCAUGGAUGAAGAAGACACACGCAAGCUUUUCUCACUUUAUAUUCUAACAUCAACUUUUGCUGACUUAUUGGAGGCUUAAGUUGCGUUCAGAACGCCUGCUUUUGCAAGUAUUAUUUUAACGCUAUUUAUUUGCAGCAUCAUAAAUCCUGCUGUAUUCCUGCACUGCUCCAUUUGACACGGGACUAAGGAGGGAGGAGUGUGUUGAACACGUCCAAUUCAGCAAAAUGAUGUCCGACUAUUUGUCCUAUUUAUGUAGUAAAUAUGCCGGCCGUGUUCCUUCAUGCAACACAUGAAUGUCCGCUUCACUUUGCCUCCUCGUUUCUGCUGCUUGUGUUGCCACAGGGGGAAAGAAAGAAAGAAAAAAAAAGAAGAAAGCAUGAGGACUUUUCAAGAUUUGUGGUUUUAUAUUUGGCGCAUCACUUUUAGGUCCUUAUGGUGGCGACUUUGGUGCACUGUCUUAUUUUAGUUGAUUAAAAAUAAUCAGGCUUUAU